UGACUUCAAAAUAUGAUGACUCGAAUAGUUUAAGGAGAUAAAUCCGGACCUAAUUUCUUGCGAUCCAAACGGUUCUUACGACAAACGCUUUCUGCAAAGAGGGGGGAAAACAGAGACAAAAAUAACUAGGAAAAUGCACGCCUUGUUGCUAAAUACAUGUGGAACUAAAUAAUUUGAUUGUAUUCAUGGAUAAAGAAGUGACCGAAUUUUAGUAUAAAGAGAAGCACAACUACAUAGAGAAUUUCUUUUGAAAAUUAACGGUAAUCAGUCAUCAUUACGUAACGUAACCCGGACCAAACCGUCGCAUAACCGUUUAGAAUAUAUACUCAAUUUUGUUUUCAACGUGAUCAAGCAAGUAAUUAUAAAAUUUUAUAAUACCUAUAUAAAAAAACAUGGUAUAUGCUUUCGUAGCGUAUUGAAUUCUAUCUGAUGACAUGUUAAAGUACUGAAGAAACUAAAGAUUUUUAUAUUUAAAAAAUCCAAACUACCAAUAAAAUAAUAGGAGAAUUAUCCUCUGACCUUUCAGACACUGUUGGUGCGGCGGAUACUAUCAAAACUCUUCUUCACUUCAGGCUUUUGAAGCAGGAAAUUUGUGCUUUUUUCAUCUUAUCAGGAAUGUGCUUUAGCUUUCCAGAAUUGAUGCUUUCCCCCCAGUUCCUCUCAAAGCAAUUUUUUGACCCAUUAUCCAAUUGUAUUUAAAAAUUGAGUAGCCAAAAACUUUAUCUUCCAAGACAAUUUACCCUUAUCUUAAGCUCAAGCACUCAAAGGAACAGUCCGUUGCCAAGUCAUGGCCGAUCCACGUUCUGUGGCUGAUGCGGACCCUACUGGAGGAGACGUUCAGAAUAGUAAACAGGAAGUCGUGGUAACCCAGGAAGUCCUGCAAGAAGAUGCUUCUGUGCCGCCGUCUUCGGCAGCUGAAGGAGACCAAGAGCAAGAAACCGUGAACGGUAAAGGGCCGACUGGCAGCAUCUCAUCCGGAGGUUCAGAACACAAGUGUGAAGGUUCAGACAGAUACAGGGAAAGUGAGGCUGACUCCGCAAAUAUUGAAGAGAAAGAGAAGUCGGAUGUAACUAGCAGAUCAGAUGAACAGAGCCAGUCAGGAGAUUCGGCCUCCUUCUCUCUGCCAAGCCUGGACUUCUCAGAAGGGAAUAAUGAAGUCUCUUUGGACGAGCCUUUGUCAUCAUCCUAUUCAGCCAUAGGCGCCGAAGGUCAGUCUCCACCUGCCGAUGGCCCCGGCUUGCCUGAGGACGCCGCCAUCGGGACCGCCAGUGGUACCAUUGGUGCCACUGCCCCCUUGGGCCCGGAGCUUAUUACUCCUGCCUACUACUUUGUUAAGUGGAUCGAUUGGAAGGGGAAGAGGACGCCCAUCGUCACCCAGAGCGAGAAUGGACCAUGUCCCCUGCUAGCCAUUAUGAACAUUUUGUUUCUGCGCUGGAAGGCCAAAUUAGCUCCCCAAACGGAAAUAAUUACCACAGAAGAUCUGAUGGCACAUCUAGGAGAGUGUGUCCUAUCCAUUAAACCCAGGGAAAAUGUAGAGGGCAUGGAGCUCAACUUUCAGCAGAAUAUGAGUGAUGCCAUGGCUGUCCUGCCCAAGCUGUCCACUGGCCUGGACGUCAAUGUGCGCUUCACCGGCGUCUCAGACUUUGAGUACACGCCGGAGUGCAUUGUGUUUGACCUCCUGGACAUCCCGCUUUACCAUGGCUGGUUAGUGGACCCCCAGAGCCCUGAGAUGGUUGCAGCGGUGGGCAAACUGAGCUACAACCAGCUGGUGGAGAAGAUCAUCGACUACAAGCACUCGCCAGACAGCAGCCGCAUCAGCGAAGGCCUAAUGGCAGAGCAGUUUCUGGAGUCCACGGCCACCCAGCUGUCAUACCACGGCCUGUGUGAGCUCAACACCACUGCCAAAGAGGGGGAGCUCUCUGUGUUCUUCAGGAACAACCACUUCAGCACCAUGAUCAAGCACAAGGGCCACCUGUACCUGCUGGUGACGGACCAAGGCUUCCUGCAGGAGGAGACAGUGGUCUGGGAGAGCCUGCACAACGUGGAAGGCGACGGAAACUUCUGCGACUCGGAAUUCCGCCUGUGCCAUCCGCCCCAAAGGGCCGCCCCAUUGGUGGCCCCCACACCGUCACCUCAACAGCAACAGAGGCAGAUCGACCAGGACUACCUGGUGGCGAUGUCUCUUCAGCAGCAGCAGGGGGCGCCCCCAGGGCCCCUCAGCGAUCUGGAACUGGCCCAGCAGCUGCAGCAGGAAGAGUAUCAGCAGCAGCAGCAGCAGCAGCAGCUGUCACCCGGCCAGCCCACAGCACCUCAGGUCAGAGGUCAGGCAGCAGCUCAGCAGGGCAGCCAGAGGCGGCGUGCGGAGAAGAAGGAGGGAUCAGAUUGUGCCAUAAUCUAGGUGGCCUCUCCUGCCUCUGGACCCGCUGUGCUCCCUUUCUGCCGUCCUACUCCUGAACUCCGGAGCCUCCUAGAGGCAGGAGGUGCCAGGCUUUCCCAGGAGGAGGUGCACACUGACCCACCCACUGACUAAGAUGGGAGAAUACAGCCACGCACUCCUAUACUCACUGCUCCUCCAUGCCAAUCCGCCUAAUUCUGCUGGCAAUGAGGACUCAAACCGGAACCUAACGCAGGGAGUGUCGAUGUUGAGUAAAGAGAUUCUUCAGUCCACACACAGCAGGGGCAGGUGUAUGAAUCAAGGUAGAUGUAAUGCGUAUUAUAGUUGGUGGUGGGUUAAAAUUUAAGGGCAGUUGGUUUGAUCUGGCACAAGGAUCUUAUAAUUAAUUGGCAACCCAAUGAAGGGUUAUGAGAGUUGUAUCUGUAGGCAUUUAGUCAUUUCACGAGGUGUUCUUCAUUUUUAGUUUGUUCCGUUCAGUCAAGAGAACUGCUCUGCUCAGGAGCCAGACCUCACUGGACAAGCAUUUCAUUCUUGUUCAGUUGUGGCUUUCGGUUCCUGUAUGGCAGGAGCCCGACUUGUGGAAAGCGUGGUAAUUGGGUCAUUCCUUCCAUUGCUGGCCAACAACCCAAAGUAACCUCUACUAAAUUCUGAUAGGAAUGGAAGUUCUUAAUUUGUCCUUAUAUAGCUGAAUGUGAAUACAUACAGAUGUUUAGAUCGUUAAAUUAAUAGUGGUAAAUCUGGUGAAUGUGUCCUUUUUGUGAAAGGAGAGCAGUGUAUCUAUGCAUAAUCCUUUAAGAACUUCUCUGGAACAUUCCUGUCAAAUGCAGCUUGAACAAUAAAACCCAGGGCAUGGAAUGAACUAAUAUAUGCUUCUGUAAGGCCUGUGGUGUAUGAUGCCUCUAUACUGCAGCCUCACACAGGGGCACCAUUUAGGUAAAGGUGUCCAAGUGCUCUUGCUGUGACUGGUUAUAUAUUGAGUUUAACCAAAACAUGACACUUAAGCCAGGGGAUUUAGAAAUAAUUUUUUAAUUUGUGGGAAGCCAGCACUCAGUUCUUUAAAAUGUGUCAUUGACAGCAGGGUGUUUUAGCAGACAAAGCAGGGAGUUCCCUCUUAACUGGACCUCCUUGGGUGUAAAUGUCUUAACAUCACACGUUGCUUUGCAUUUCAUUUGUAACACACCUUAAUAAAAAUAUAAAUUAUA